ACUCAUCCUCUCCCUCUCAUCAAAAAAGUCAUACAUACACUUGCAUUUCUCACAUCUAAAUCAUUAUUUCUUUUUCCUAGUCAUUUGUAGUAAUAUAUCCACCCUUUACCACUUACAUUAUAUUUUUUUUUACUUUUAUUUUUAUUCUAUUAAAAAAAUUUUACAAUCAUGUCUGCUAAAGCCGUUCGUGAAUACGAUGGAAAGCUCCUUUUGGCCCACUGGCUCCUCCGUGCACCCAUCCCGGCGAUCGAAGUCACUGGAACUGAUGCUACAGGAGCAUCCAAAACCAAGUUUAUCCAACCCUCGACGCGUUUGGCCCAUAUUUCCAUCGAUACUGCUCUCUUACAGAAGGAUAAUGCCCAGUUUGAACAACAUGUUCGUUCUGUAUUGGAUCAACUAGAGGUCUCACAUCCUUGGCUGUUGACCCACAAAUUGGUAGCCAAGCCUGAUCAAUUGAUCAAGCGUCGUGGCAAGAGUGGAUUGUUGUUGUUGAAUGCUGAUUGGCCUGAGGCUCGCGCCUGGAUCGAAAAGCAUGCUGGCAAAGAAGUCCUUGUUGAUUCAGUAGCCGGAGUGCUCAAGACAUUCUUGAUUGAACCAUUCAUCCCUCAUCCCUCCAACACCGAGUACUAUAUCUGCAUUAAUUCGGAUCGUGAAGGAGACAAUAUUCUCUUUACCCACGAGGGUGGAAUCGAAGUCGGAGACGUGGAUGCCAAAGCUUUAAAGCUUCAAGUCAAAGUCCAAGAUACAUUCCCAACGGCUGAGGCUAUCCGCUCUACAUUACUGGCCCAUGUCCCUGAAGUCAAGCAUGAUGUUCUCGUAGACUUUAUCACCCGCCUUUAUGCCGUCUACAUUGAUCUUCAUUUCACAUACCUCGAAAUCAACCCCCUUGUGGUCUUGGAUCCUACAGAAGAAGAGCCUGCCCGUGUUUACUAUCUUGACCUUGCUGCCAAGUUAGAUCAGACUGCAGAGUUUGAGGCUGGCCCCAAAUGGGCUAUUGCUAGAGCACCUCAAAAUAUUGGUAUUGCUGGUGUUGCACCAUCUACAACAAUCGGCGCAGAUGCUGGUCCAGGUAUGGAAUUCCCAGCUCCUUUUGGUCGUGAGUUGACUAAAGAAGAGGCAUAUGUUCAGGAGCUGGAUUCCAAGACUGGCGCUUCUCUCAAACUGACAAUCUUAAACAAGGAUGGACGUAUCUGGACUAUGGUUGCUGGUGGUGGUGCCUCUGUCGUCUACAGUGAUGCAAUUGCUGCUCUUGGCCAGGCACAUGAGUUAGCUAACUAUGGAGAGUACUCAGGCGCGCCUACUGAAACUCAGACCUACGAGUAUGCCAAAACAAUCUUGGACCUUAUGACUCGCUCCCCCACACCCCAUCCUGAGGGUAAAGUGUUGAUCAUCGGAGGAGGCAUUGCCAAUUUCACAAAUGUAGCCUCAACUUUCAAGGGCAUUGUCCGCGCUUUAACAGAGUUCAAACAAUCAUUGAUCGCUCACAAGGUCCGAAUCUUUGUCCGCCGUGGUGGACCCAACUAUCAGGAAGGUCUGCGUUCCAUGCGUCAGUUGGGUGAAUCUUUGGGCGUAGAGAUUCAGGUCUUUGGACCUGAGACUCACAUCACCGAGGUCGUGCCCUUGGCUUUGACGGGCAAGUCCUCUGACAACUUGGCUACAGCUAAUGGCGCCCAUAUCAACGGCAACGGCGCUUCCUCGGGCAAUCUCUUGCAGGAUCAACUCUUGGGAUCCAACAGCAGCAUCAGUACCCCUGCUCCCACUAACCCUCCAUCUCGUGCACCUACACCACCACCCACUACUCAAGACAGAAUGACUUUUUUCUCAGAUGCGGAAGCAAAGACCAAAGCGGCGGGAGGCCAUGAUAACAAUGUUCCCUUCACAGCUCAUACUCGUUCGUUUAUCUAUGGCAUGCAACCUCGUGCAGUCCAAGGAAUGCUCGACUUUGAUUUCAUCUGCAAACGUGAAGUUCCCUCAGUGGCGGCGAUGAUUUACCCCUUUGGAGGUGCUCAUGUUCAAAAAUUCUAUUGGGGUACAAAAGAGACUCUCCUACCUGUGUUCACGACUCUGGAGGAGGCCACUACCAAGUUCCCUGAAGUGGACACAGUCGUCAAUUUUGCCUCAUGCCGUUCAGUGUACCAGUCCACGUUGGAUAUUCUCAAGUACUCGAAUCAGAUAAAAACAAUCGCAAUCAUUGCUGAGGGAGUUCCAGAGCGUCGAGCUCGUCAGAUCCUUUGGGAGGCCAAGGGAAAAAAUGUGCUGGUGAUUGGGCCUGCGACCGUGGGUGGUAUCAAGCCUGGAUGUUUCAAGAUUGGAAACACAGGAGGCAUGAUGGAUAAUAUUGUAUCAUCUAAAUUGUACCGUGCAGGAUCUGUGGCCUAUGUAUCGAAAUCUGGAGGCAUGUCCAAUGAGUUGAACAACAUUAUCUCACGCACGACAGAUGGUGUCUAUGAAGGAGUGGCCAUUGGAGGUGAUCGGUACCCGGGCUCGACUUUUAUUGAUCAUUUGUUGCGCUAUGAACAAGACCCUAACUGCAAAAUGCUUGUACUCUUGGGAGAGGUUGGAGGAGUGGAAGAGUAUAGAGUCUGUGAAGCCAUCAAGAAUGGACAAAUUCGUAAGCCUGUAAUCGCUUGGUGUAUCGGCACAUGUGCAAAGAUGUUUGCAACUGAAGUCCAAUUCGGUCAUGCUGGAGCAUUGGCCCAAUCAGAUCUUGAGACUGCAGAUGCGAAGAAUAAGGCUCUCCGAGCAGCUGGCGUAGUCGUGCCAGAGACAUUUGAGAAGCUGCCGUUGGUCCUCAGCCAGACGUUCCAGAACUUGGUCAAGCAAGGCACAAUUCAACUGAAGCCCGAGCCUGAGACACCCAAGAUCCCGAUCGACUAUUCUUGGGCUCAAGAGCUAGGUCUGGUCCGAAAGCCAGCAUCCUUUGUUUCGACUAUCUGCGAUGAUCGUGGUCAGGAGCUGUUGUACGCCGGCAUGCGUAUCUCUGAUGUCUUCAAGGAUGAUAUCGGUAUCGGAGGUGUCCUGUCAUUGCUGUGGUUCAAGCGUCGGUUACCAGAUUAUGCAUGCAAGUUUAUCGAGAUGGUAUUGAUGCUGACAGCAGACCAUGGACCUGCGGUUUCUGGAGCCCACAACACCAUCGUCACAGCUCGUGCUGGUAAAGAUUUAGUAUCUUCACUCUGUGCAGGUCUCUUGACGAUUGGAGAUCGAUUCGGAGGAGCAUUGGAUGGAGCUGCAGAGCAGUUCUCGUCUGCCUAUGACAAGUCUUUAACACCACGAGAAUUUGUGAGCUUGAUGCGUAAACAAAACAAACUUAUCCUGGGUAUUGGCCACAAGAUCAAGUCAAAGACCAACCCCGAUUUGCGAGUGGAAAUUAUAAAGUCAUAUGCAAAGACACAUUUCCCCGCCACACCAAUCUUGGACUAUGCACUGCAGGUCGAGAACAUUACAACGUCCAAGAAGGAUAACCUGAUCUUGAAUGUGGAUGGAGCAAUUGGAAUCUUGUUUGUAGAUCUGUUGAGACAUUCUGGAGCAUUCACGAGAGAGGAGGCUGAGGAGUAUAUCAAGAUUGGAACAUUGAACGGUUUGUUUGUGUUGGGACGAUCCAUUGGAUUCAUUGGACAUUAUCUGGAUCAGAAGCGAUUGAAGCAAGGAUUGUAUAGACACCCUUGGGAUGAUAUUUCUUACCUGACACCUGGCAAUGAAUUGGGACGAACAGUUGCAUCUUUGGAUUCGAUCAACAAGAAAGCAUAAAAUGAGACAAGGCAGAAAAAGAACAGUCGAUGCUACGCGGAUCUUUUGUAAAAUAUAGUGAGAAUAAUAAAAAAAAAAAAGGAAGUUUUCAUGGCAUAUUC